AUGGAGCAGGACAAAGAUGGCAGAGGCGAGGAGAUGAUGUCAGCAGAUGCGCAAAUGAACGUCCAGCUGAUGAGUGCUGCCCUGGAGAGGCAGAACCUGACUGAGGAGAAGAGGAACCUCCUGGACAGCCUCCUGAAGGCUAACAGAGAGACUGACAGCAGGCGUGCGGCCACAUGCGAGCACGACGCCGGGCUGAGGGCGGAGCUCCAGAGGAAGGAAAGCCGGCGUGUGGAGCUGCUGGGAGAGGUGGGUGAAAAUUUGAAGUGCGCUGUGGACCAGGCAGUAGGUGAACUGAAGGCUGUAGAAACCAAGCCGGCCAACCUGAAUGCCAAGGGUAGACAGGAAGAUGAAAAAGUGACAAUGGCCAGGCUCCAGAACAAUGCCCUUAAAGAGAAGCUAGAGAUGCUGACAGAGGCAGCCAUCAGUGCGGAGAAGAAAGUAGAAAAGGUGAAGCAGUCACUGGAGGAAGUGGAGCAGGCCGACAAAGCCGCCCUCUCCAAGCUGAGCCAGCAGCAGAGCACCGUGGAGCGUGAUUACCGCCAGCAGAAGGAGCUCCUGUACAAGCAGAUUAAAAAGAAACAAAAAGAGAUCGUGGAUUUGGAGAAUCAAAUCAAACAGCACAGAGAGCAAUCUCAAGGUUUGGCCGACUUUACCAAGCAUGUCAGGAAGGAGGUGUCGCGCGUCCAGGAGCUCUGCGCAGCUGCUGAGAAAGACGCAGAGUCUCUGAUGCACGACAGGGCAGUGAUGGAGCGAGAGAUCGGCUCCCUGCGGCAGGAGACGGCGACGCUGGAUAAGGAGCUCGCAGCCCUCGGGAAGAGAAGGGACGCACAGAAGAAAAACAUCCUGACAGCCAACCGUAAGCUGGACAGGAUGACGGUGCAGCUAAUGGUGGAUCAGCAGACCCUGGAUGCUGAAGUGAAGAAGAUGGCGUGCCGGGAAGAGGACACCAUGGUCCUGCUGAAUUACACCCUGAAGGACCAGAAGAAGAUAAAGCUGGAGUACGACCGCACAGCAGAGCUGUUCCAGCAAGUGGACAGGAACAUGAAAGAGGUCAAAGGCCACUGUGAGACCAGCAGCCAGCACAUGUCCAGAAGAGAUAAGGAGAUGGACCAGUGCAUAGAGUCACUUUCUCUGCUGAAGAAGGCUGCCCUGGAGAGGCAGAACUUGACUGAGGAGAAGAGGAACCUCCUGGACAGCCUCCGGAAGGCUAACAGCGAGACUGACAGCAGGCGUGCGGCCGCAUGCGAGCACGACGCCGGGCUGAGGGCGGAGCUCCAGAGGAAGGAAAGCCGGCGUGUGGAGCUGCUGGGAGAGUGUGAAACAUUGAAGUGCACUGUGGACCGGGCAGCAGGUGAAGUGAAGGCUGCAAAAACCGAGCUUGACAACCUGAAUGCCCAGGUUAAAGAGGAGGAUGAGAAAGUGAAAAAGGCCAGGCUCCAGAAUGACGCUCUUAAAGAGAAGCUGGAGAUGCUGACGGCAGCGGCCAUCAGCGCUGAAAAGAAAGCAGAAGAGAUGGAGCAGUCCCUGAAGGAAGCGGAGCAGACCAACAAAGAGAUGGACUCUCAGUAUUUCCAGCGCGGGGUGGAGAUGAAUAAGAUCGCGCUGGAGCUGCAGGCUCUGAGAGGCCAGGAACAGCCCCGAGUGGCUGAGAUCUCCGCUGGCCAGGCCGCCCUCUCCAAGCUGAGCCAGCAGCAGAGCACUGUGGAGCGCGAUUACCGCCAGCAGAAGGAGCUCCUGUACAAGCAGGACCUCCAGAUCGUGCUCUUGGAGAAAAAGGUGGAUGAGCUGGCAGCAAAUGAGGACAUUAAGGAGGUGAAAGGCCUUCGGAGGAAGGAGGCGGAGCUCACCGGAGCUCUGAAGGAGAAGCAGCAGGAGGCCCUGACGCUGCGGAGACAGCUGCAGCAGCAGGAGAUGGAACUGCGCUGCGCGAAGAAAGAGGCAGAAAAGACAUCGGCCGAAAAAAGUAACCUGGCCACUAAGGUGGAGGAGCUGGGCCUCCACGACGACGCCUCAGACAGAGAGCUCAACAGGCUGAGGCUCAAAAAGCAGGAUACGAUGGUGGAUGAAAAUCUACUGAAGCUGGACGUGAAGCGUCUGAGGGACGAGGUCCAGAGCCAGGCGGACAAGGUCGUCGCCAUGGAGAUGAAGCGUCUGCAGCUGGAGGCGGGCUUUAAAGAGAAGGAGGCGGAGACGGCCGCCCGGAGAGAGGAGCUGCGGACGCAGCUGAAGAACGCCGAGCAAGGGCGUCACAAGACCAGAGCUGAGCUGAAUGAGAAGCUGCUCCAGAGCCAGAAGAUGAAGGAGAUGUACGAGGCCUUGGCAGCCUCCACUAUGACCUUCGAGGGAGAGGAGGUGACCCUGGAGCAGUACAUGGUCAAGGCGGCUAAACGGAAGGAGGAGCUACAGAGGAGGAGAGAUGAGUGGAGCAACAAGCUGCUCCAGAAGGAGAGGGAAGUCAAGGCCUUGGGCAACACCGUGGCCGUCCUGAAGGGCCGAAACGAGGCCAUCCGAACGGCCCCCAAAACCACCGAGGAAUAUGAGAAGAAGGCCACUCUGGAGCAAAAGCACAAGGCCCUGUGUGACAAAUACGCCCUCCAGAGCCAGCAGCAGCGAGACCUCAGGCGGGACAUUAAGGCCAUGGAGACAGAGCUGGAGGGCCUUCUCCAAGAGGAAGUGCUGCUGAUGGUGACAUCAGACCAAAACCAAACGCUGAUCCAGGAUCAGUGCAGUGAGCUGGAUGCCCAGGAGGAGGAGCUAAACAAGGCCAUCAAGCAGAGCUCUGAGCUGACCGAAGAGAUCCGGUCAAAGAACCAGACGGCUGCUCAGACAGAGGAGGAGAAGGACGUUCGCCUCCGAGAGCUGGAGGACUUCAGCAAGCAGAUCGACCAGCUGCUGCUGGAAGCCAUGGAGGAGAACGCUGACCUGAGAUCGGUGCUCCAAGCCCAGUUUCUGGAGAAAAAGCAGGACCUCCCCACACCGGUUUUUACCUCCACUCCCAGAUCCUCUGAUUCUUCUAACAGCGCCUGCAGCAUCGAGGCGAACACCGUCAAGCGGGCAUCCAGCAGGCAGGCUGUGAAAGCCACGCUCACCCACAGCUCCGCCUCCUCUCCCAGGGACGCUGAGCUGCGCUGCAGCAGCAACACCAGGGCCCCGGCGCUGCAGUUUAACAGCAGUGAGAGCGCUGGCCGGAGGGGGAGCGCGGCGCGGAGGAGCCCUCGGCUCUCCAGCAAGCAGCAGGACUCUGGGCAGGGCAGCACUGAUGCCUGUUACGGGAGCAGCUCCACCCCUAACAGCAGAGCCAGCUCCACCAGCGGCUACAGGAACUGCGCCGCCCGGAGCAGCAGGGCCAGCGGUAAUACCAGCAGCAGCAGCCAGAGGGCGCAGUGGAGGAGCCCAUAG